CAUAACACUAAUUAGUAAGUAGUAACUAACACCUCGGUAUUGCCAUUUGCCACCAUGUAGGCAUUUUCUCUUACGAUUCAAAUUCUCAUUCAAGUUCUCGCAGAAAAAGGAUCUAAAAAGCUUCUCUUUUUUCCUGAAUAAAUCAACAAAAUUUAAGGAUGGAAAGUGGGUUUACUGCAGAAGAUCUAUCCAAGAUCGGCGGUAUUGCCACCGUAUCACUGCUCCAUUCCUUCAUCCCAACUCAUUGGUUGCCAUUUUCCAUUGUGGGUCGUGCUCAAAAAUGGACUCUUUCAAGAACCCUUUUCGUCACUGCAUUUGGAGCAGUAUUGCACGUGUUAUCCACCUCACUUCUUGGCAUAACGGCAAUAACGAUUACAAACACAAUUGCUGGGGAGGAAACAGUGCACAAACUGGCUUCCUUACUGCUUGUAGUUCUUGGUGGUAGCUAUGUCAUCUUGCAUCUCUUUGGAAAGGGUGGUCACAGCCAUUCACACAAUCAACCAAUGGAGAAGAUGGCUGUGGCAGGGCUUAUACUUGUUCCUGCAUUGUCUCCUUGUGCAACCACUCUGCCUGUAUUUCUUGCUGUUGGAAAUUCGUCCUCCAUGAUGGUGCUUGCCAUCAUAGUUUUGCUUUUCAGCACUAUUACUGUAAUGACCUCAUUGGUGGCUCUAUCAUUUUAUGGUGCAAGUCAACUCAAGUUUCAAUGGGUGGAACGCUACGAUAAGCUCCUCGUUGGUUCUGUCCUGUGUUUGGUGGGCAUUUUGACCCUUAUUUUUCACGAUCACGAUGGAGAAGUAGGUUCCUCAGGAGUCCACGUGCACAGAAAACUAAGUGUGCUGUAGGAGUUAUUCUUCAGCCAGAAUCUGUUAUGUGAAGAAAUACACGAUCCCUUUUUGGGUCCUUAUGCAAUAGUGAGUAUUCAAAUAUGUUAUCAUACAGAAAGAAAGGAUUUCUAGGAGCAACCCGUAGGUUCCAGAUGCCAGGGUGAACUUUCCAGUAUGAGCAUUCGCCACUUUUCAGUUGAGUUACUUCUUGCAACCAGCUCAUGAUGCUCUGUCAUGGUAAAGCCAGCAUGGGAGUUAGGGCAGUUAAUUUUAAUUUAGUUUUAUGUUAUUUACAUCAACAUAGCAGCUUCAAGAGGAGGUGUAUUUUAAAGGAGUUUCCUUUUGAUCCCUUUUCUUUUUAAAUGUUAAAAGUGUACAAUACUCGUCGAGGGCUUGGCAAUCCUCGCCUUUAUAGAGCUAACUUUCGUGGUUGUGUUAGAAAAUCAGUGACAAAAGCUAGUAGAAGAGUAUAGUUGAAGAAUAAUGUUGAUUAGGGGUGGAAGACCAUCAAUCAUGCAUUGUUGUUAAUG